AUGCAGCGGUACAUUGCUUUUGCACCGAUUGAGCCUGGUGGACUGGGGUGUCUUGUGGAUGGUGAACAACAUUCAGCCGAAGGAGCAUGGAUGGAAGCACUAAACACAGCUCGCUUUCUUGUUAAAGUGCUGUCGGAAGCUGCGUCAGACGAAUUCUCGUCUCAGUUCAUGCUGAAGAUCGUUCAUUAUGCUCGAGUCCUCCAGAUGGACAGUAAAAGUGCGCAAAAGCGUGCAAGUUCAGAUGGGCCGAUCAAUGCUAACUGGAUCAACGGUCUCAAGGAAAACGAUGCACCGGACGUGGAAAUACCAGUUAUGAGGGAUCAAACAGCAUCAAGUGAACAGGAUACAGAAGAUACAUGCAUCGAACCCUUACCAAAACAGCUGAAAGAUUUGGCGAAUAAAUUACUCCUACUUAUUCCAUACUCAGCAGGCGGACUGAAAGUUACAGGUGAAACCGGUGUAAAUAAGUGCAGGGUCAGAGUUCCUGCGGAAAAGACAGCAACUUCGUCGGUUCCGGCAGGUCCCAUAAAUUAUUGUUCUUGUCAGGAGAGGCUACAUAAAUUUCUUCAUUUCGACACGCAGGAAAUAGCUGAACAAAUUACGCUAAACGAGGAAGCGCACUUUCAGAAAAUCGAUUUGAAAGAGUUUAUCGCCAUCAAACGACUAAUGCAGGGUAAUACACCUACGUUGUCUAACUGCGUAAAGCACUUCAAUGACGUCAGUGCCUGGGUUAAGGUGCUCUUAAGGAUGGCAAACGAGUACGGCUGCCCAUGGCGACAAUCCUUUUCCUCCUCUAACUCAUCAACAAUUCCCCUUCCAGAAGCUUCAAUCGAUCAAAACAACUUCUCCAUAAAGACCAGGGACCACCAAAGUCCACAGAACAAUGCAGUCAUCUGCCAGGUGUGUGGACUGCCACAACAACUGCGACCACGAAAACCACCCGGAGGAUCACCAACUAAUGGCUUUUAUUUCAGACUGCAGUCUCGUCCGUGUGAAAGUGGUUUUGAAAUAAAGUCCGCUUCAAGUAGUGAUUCCUACUCCAAAACAAGGAAUUACCUCUGUAUGACUGUCGGAUCACAGAACCUGUCACUUCGAGGCAAAAAACAAAAUCUGCUUCUGGAAAAUGUUCUGUGGAAUUUGUGUUGUGUGGCAGAGAAAUUAACGGAAUUUGGUGCGUACAUGGUUCCGCCCGCAUUUACUACGUAUCGGCAUGAUCUUGAGUCGGCUAAAAUGCCUUGUCUGCCCUACUUGGGACUCAUUUUCCAACAAUUAAUUCAUCUGGACUCCGGAAAUGCACUCUUCCUCCCUUCGCAAACUCAACCGGAUGAAAAUGAUACUGCACCAGGGGAGACAACAAGCGCUCUUAUAACAGAUGAUGAAAAGGAUUCACAAAAGAUUGUAAACUAUUGGAGGUGUUGGAAGCACUAUUUAAUCCUUGGUUAUUUCAUGAAGAGGUUACAGUUAUCGGAAGAAAACUGUCAAAUCAUGAGCUCAACACUUCAGUGGAAUGAUGUUGUUGAUAACGGUUCACUGCUGUACAAGUCCUACACAGCCGGCUGCGAAUCCCCACAUUACCAAAAUGUCAGUCCUCAACCACCAGUUGCCGGUACGCCAACGAAAGGUUUAUCGUCAUCGCAAACACCGGAAUCUCUGCAUUCGCUCGUCCGAUUUCGGACGCAGGCAAAAGAUCAGUUUGUCGUCAGGGUCGUGAAGAUAACUGACAAGUCUUCUUCCCUGAAUCCAUCUAAUAAACAGGAAUCGCUAUCUGCAUCUCCAAGGCUCGAUGUGUUUGAUCAGGAGAGCGUUCAGCUACGUCUCAAUCAGUCAGGAGAUGGUGUAUUUGUUGGCUUUCAGGCCCAGAUGCCCGCUAUGUCCAAGGCUUGGGAGAAAAGCUCCGGUCGAUCUGGCAUUCUUUUGGAAGUACUAACGGCGCUUCGAUUGACGGUUGAAAAUAUGCUCAAACAAAUCCGCCUUGACGGGCUGCGGACAAUUUUACCCGAAGAAGACUACGUAUUUUAUCCUCUCCGUUCUGAUGAACUGCAGUGA